CUUCCCUGGGGCUCGGAAGGAUGACAGCCUCCCUCGCUCCGGGCGUGGCAUGUUGGGAAUUCCUUGUCCUGAAGUUCUGGAUAGAGCACCUCUGCUACGACACCGUAUGGCCUCAAAAGAUAUAAAGGCAGCGAUUGGAAGGGGGGUCAAUUCAUUCUCAUCAACAGCAAUCACUCACCACAAGCAAAUGAGCUUCACUCCUCUCCUCCGCAACGCACUCCGGUUCCAGUCUCGUUUUACGUCUGCACGACUUCAACAACGCACUUUCUCCUCCUCUAUCUUCGCAAUGGCUCCCUUCACUCUGUACACCCACGCCGGUCCCGGCCCCAACCCCGUCAAGGUCGCCAUGGCCCUCGAACACCUCGGCCUGGAGUAUGACUGCGUUCCUCUCGGCUUUGGUGAGGGCAAGGGCACCGUCAAGGACCCCGAAUACACCUCCAAGGUCAACCCCAACGGUCGAGUUCCGGGCCUGAUCGACCACAAGAACAACGACUUCACCGUCUGGGAAAGUGCUGCUAUCCUCCGCUACCUUGCUGAGAAGUACGACGCCAGCGGCAGCCUCGCCGGUAACACCGUCGAAGAGCGCGCCGACGUCAACAAGUGGCUCGCAUGGCAGGUGUCCGGCCUGGGCCCCUACCAGGGCCAGCUGGUCUGGUUCCUUGCCUUCCACGAGGGCGCCCACGGCGAGAAGCCCAACCAGUCGGUCAUUGCCCGCUACCAGGCCGAGGUUGAGCGCCUGCGGGCCGUGCUGGAGAAGCACCUUGCCUCCGCGGAGAACGGCUUCGUCGCGCUGGGCCGCUUGACCAUUGCGGACUUUGCCAUCCUGCCAUGGUUGAAGAUCUCGGUGCUCGCUGGCCCCGCUCUCAAGCCCUUCGAUGAGUACCCGGCCAUCAACGCCUACAUCAAGAAGUUGGAAGCUCUGCCUGAGGUGCAGGCUGCUUACAAGAAGGCUGUGCCUCCUAUGUAAGAGGUGAGGAGUCAAGUGAUAUGAUGCAAGCUAGUAGAAGAUAUGUAUAUAGAGUUGCAAUGCUAGCAGUUUCCUG